AUGGAAGAAGGACUAGUUGCCAAUCAGUUGGAAUUACCUUCAGAGUUAGAGUGGAUUCACGAUGUGUUCCACGUCUCCAUGCUAAGACGCUACCGCUCUAAUCCUACACAUGUGGUACCGGUUGAGGAGAUUGAAGUUAGGCCAGACCUGACUUUUGAGGAGGAACUAGUCCAAAUUUUGGAUCGAGAGGUAAAUGUCUUGAGGAGGAAAUCGAUUCCAUUGGUAAAAGUACUUUGGCAGAACCACAGUUCUGAAGAGGCUACGUGGGAACCCGAGGAGACGAUGCGACAGCAGGACUUUCACCUAUUCUGA